UUGUUUCUCUCUCAUCAACCGACGCAGUUCAUCUUGAUGAAUCACUUUCUUCUGCUUAUUCUUUGGAGGCAUUAUUUAUUUGCGUUCCAAAACAAAAUUUCUGAAAGCUUGGCAAACAACAAAAAUAUGGCGCGUGUAGAUGACGUAUGUUAAUUCAAGACCCCCAGUAGGCGUCGAAAAAAUUGCCAGAAUCAUGUUUGAGAACAAAUUCUGUAAAUAAUACCUUAUGCUGGUGCUUUUAAAUUGUAUAUAUAUCAUCAUGAAUUUACUACAAUCAUUUUUUUGUGCGUUAAAUAUUUAUUUGUUGUUUCUAAAAAAUAAAAGAUGCUGUUCAACUAAUUAUCGCGAUACCUAAGGAAUGUGGGUUUGAUGCUUUUUAUUCUCGCGCGAUACUACGCGGAAGAUGGCAGAUGGUCUUUUCACCACUGAGGUAUUAAAGAACGCUUUUCAAUCGGAAGGUUUCUAAUCUUGCGAGCAAACGUUAGCAAGCAAACUACCGCACUGCAAGAUGCAAUUGGGACAUUUUGAAACGAGUUUUAUCAAGGAUGUCGCCGAAUAAUUUGUUAUUUUCAUUCUUAAUCGUGUGUUAACGAUCUUGAGAGUAUCUUUUCCAGUUGUUUUGUUUUUACGUGUGUGUUGUUUCUGUUGUAACACCCACAUCCAUUAUAUGGUUAAAAAAACUGCAAUCUAGCUAGCUAGGUUAGGCAAAUAGCUAGCUAUUAAGGUAGCUAUUGCAGCUGUCUUGGACAACCAUAGUCAACAUAAUACAAUAUUCAUCUGAAGUAGCUAGUCUCCUUGCUGGCUAGUAACGUUAAAUCAUGACCGGGGAAAAGAUUCGCACAUUGCGGAAAGACCAUAACAACAAGCCUAGUAAGGAUGGGUCUAUAACGUUAAUGGAAACAUUUGAUGAAUCUACAAAUGGAACAAUAACCUCUCCAACCCCCAACGGUACCGCCAUCACGUACAAAUCAAACAAGAACCAUAACAAGACGGUGAAACCUAUGGCACUGCAGCAGCAGCUAUCGAAUAUCAAUGCAAACAAUACCAAUGCCAAUCAAUCAGUUGGUACUAUCAUCGAUGACUAUAACAAGAAUCCCAUCAUUCUAACCAAUGGUAAUGAGGACUUGAAUUUGGAAUUCCCUGUUCACGAAUGUGUGUUCAGAGGAGAUGUGCGUCGCUUGUCCUCACUCAUUCGGACCCAGAACAUCUCCCAGAAAGAUGUGCAUGGAAACACACCUCUUCACGUAGCUGUGAUGAUGGGUCACAAAGAGUGUGCCCUCCUACUCCUGGCCCAUAAUGCCCCUGUGAAGGUGAAGAAUGCCCAGGGCUGGAGCCCCCUGGCAGAGGCCAUCAGCUAUGGAGACCGACAGAUGAUUACAGCCAUACUGCGAAAGCUGAAGCAGCAGUCCAGAGAGAGUGUGGCGGACAAGAGGCCCAAGCUGCUGAGAGCGCUGAAGGAGCUUGGUGACUUCUACUUUGAGCUUCACUGGGACUUUCAAAGUUGGGUGCCCUUGCUCUCCCGUAUUUUGCCAUCUGAUACCUGCAAGAUCUACAAGCAGGGGAUCAACAUCAGACUGGACACAACUCUGAUAGACUUCUCAGAUAUGAAGUGUCAGAGAGGAGACCUCAGCUUCAUCUUUAACGGAGAUGCUCCGCCCUCCAAGUCCUUCUAUGUCCUGGACAAUGAGCAGAAGGUGUACCAGCGGAUACAUCACGAGGAGUCUGAGAUGGAGACUGAGGAGGAGGUGGACAUCCUGAUGAGCAGUGAUGUCUAUUCUGCCACCCUGUCCACCAAGUCUAUCACCUUCUCCCGCAGUCAGAUCGGCUGGCUCUUCAGGGAGGACAAGACGGAGAGAGUCGGUAACUUCCUGGCUGACUUCUACUCUGUGUACGGCCUGGUGCUGGAGUCCAGGAAGCGCCGGGAGCAUCUGAGUGAGGAGGACGUCCUGAGGAACAAGGCCAUCAUGGAGAGCCUGAGCAAAGGAGCGAACCUGGUGGAGCAGAACUAUGAGCCUCAGAGAAGGCUGUCCCUCACGGCUCCAGACCCCAACACUAUCUCCUGGGAGGAGUACAUUUCUGCAGAGCACGGAAAGGCACCUCAUCUUGGGAGAGAGCUUGUGUGUAAGGAGAGCAAGAAGAACUUCAAAGCGACCGUAGCCAUGAGCCAGGACUUCCCUCUGGGCAUUGAGUCGUUACUGAAUGUGUUGGAGGUCAUAGCCCCAUUCAAACAUUUCAACAAACUAAGAGAAUUUGUUCAAAUGAAGCUUCCUCCUGGGUUUCCAGUCAAGCUUGACAUCCCUGUGUUCCCCACUAUCACAGCGACGGUCACCUUCCAAGAGUUUCGCUACGAUGACUUUGAGGAGUCCAUCUUCUCCAUCCCAGCGGACUACAAGGAGGACCCCAGUCGCUUCCCUGACCUCUGACCUGGUUGUCAUAGCAAGCAGAGGUGCCCCUGUCCCACCCGCUCGGAAACUGACAAACAACCUCUACCUACCUACGUUAUUAAAAGGAAAAUAACCAACUUAAGUUGAGACAAAAUUAGAAUGUGCAAUUUUAUUGUUUGAUGUCUGUCUGUGUGUUCUGAUGGAAAAAAAGGGAAUUAUCUCUUGGCCCUGAGUGUUCAAUUUGUAGAUAUUUCCUCAUAGCAAACAGGACUCGCAUUGCACCACAACCAUGUUCAUAUGUGUAGCAAUAACAGCACAAGGUCCCCCAAAAAUAUUUGAUAUCUGUUUAACAACUUCAUUAACCUACUACAUGAUCACUGCUCUGAAAAGUUAUGGAAUUGACUGUGACAUCUUCAACGUGCACUUCUCCAGGCUUAGCAAUCACUGCAUCUAGCGUCUGCCCUCUGGAGACCACCCUUUUCUUAUAAACUAAGUGUUCGAAAAAUAGAGAUGUCAUAACUGAGCAUAAGUUUUUCAUAUUUAAAUGUAGAUUAUAUAGGCCUAGUAAAAAGGGGCAACACUGUGUAGCAAUACAUUUUCAGUACAUCAGAAUGUUAUUUUUAAACCUACUGGUUUAAACAGCAUUCUUACACAGAUCAAUACCCAAGCCUUUCGCUCGCUCGCUCUCAGGAUGCAAACACGUGUAUUUUCAGGUUAGCUCAUAUCUAUCUUACCUCCUGGCUAUCACCGUCUGUUUCAAGUGAUCGUGUGACUCUGUUCAAUCCGUAGCGCUGAAGAUCCGCUUUAUAGUGCGAUUGACAAUUAUAGCCAAUUUUCCUGUGGUAGCAGGGACUGCAUUCACGGUAAAUGCUGUGUCGGCUCAAUCGGAAAUUACCUUUACAUUUUAAUGCAGAUCUUCCGUGAUAUGGAUUGAACCCAGCCCUUAAUGUGUCUUGUGUGUGAGAGGACUGUUGUACUGUACUUUAAAGGCGUGUGAGGGAACCCAGAUGAGGUUUCAGGAAAGCUGUUCUAGUUUGAUACUGCACUGACAUUAAGUACAUUUUAUUGCAUGCCGUGUUGACCCAAUUGGAUUACUUAUGUCCUCUUGAGUGUACAUUUCCUACACACUUGUUAUACCUGCUGCCAUCUCUUCAAGUUAUUCAGGAAGACCAACUUCUACCAUAUAAAUAUUGUAACCACACGAAAGCCCUUUGGUCAAAUGCUGACCUGGUGCUUUUACCACAAGAUUAUUUCCUGUCCGUAGUACACUACUACAUUACAUUUCAAUGAGAGUUGGACUAUCAACCUGUAAAAUCCAUAUGGUUUUGGAAAUGAGAUGACCAGCAGUAGGUAACAGUUUGGGUCAUAAGAAUGUGUAUCUGGCUUGAGCCUACUGGUAUUUAGAAAUGUAUUGCAGCUUUUCCCAUUCCUUUAAAUAAAUCACCAGCAUCAUGUCUGCACUGAGGCUGCAUUGUGA